AGGACUUGACCCUGGACCCUGAUUCUGCAAACCAUCUCCUCAUCCUCUCCGCAGACCUGAAGAGCGUGAGGAUGGGCUGUAGGAAACAAGAACUGCCCGACAACCCCAAGAGAUUCGACACGAACUCAAGGGUCCUGGCUACCACGGGUUUCAAGUCAGGAAGACAUUACUGGGAAGUGGAGGUAGGAGCUUCAGAUGGUUGGGCCUUUGGGGUGGCCAAGGAAUCCGUCAGAAGGAAAGGUCUGACACAAUUUUCUCCAGAAGAAGGGAUCUGGGCAGUUCAACAGAAUGGAGGUCGUUAUUGGGCUGUUACUUCACCUCAGCGUACCCCGUUGUGUCUCAACCAGAAACUCAAUAAGGUCAGGGUGUACUUGGAUUAUGAAGGAGAAGAAGUCUCCUUCUACAACGCUGAGAACAUGCAACACAUCUUCACCUUCAAUGUUGCCUUCCAGGAGAAGGUGUUCCCUCUCUUUUCCGUCUGUUCUACCGUUACCUACAUCAAACUCUGCCCUUGA